CGAAUUGAUGGUUUUCAAUGGUGGAAGUUCACAACCCGGCAUGUUUUUCUUAGAUCAGUGGAAGCUAAGCGUUAUCAUUUAGUUCUUAAGUUGUUUAAAAAGUGCUAAUUGUGAACUGAAAUGUGUGUGUUAUUCUAACUUUUCAUAUUGUUAUAAAAAAUUACAGUCAUGGUGGGUUCAGAAGGAGUUUGUGUUUUUUCCCCGCUAGUAACUGGGGAAGAAUGGGCUGUUAUUCCUACAGAAAUUGCAAAAAAAAUUGAGGACUUUUUCUCUGAGAAAGUUCAAGAAUUCAUAACCUCGAAAGCUUUAUUGGAAACCAAUCGUUUGAAUGCUGAACAAAGCUUGUCAGAAGUUCGUGAACAAUUAGAAAAAGUAAUUGAAGAAAAUGAAAGUCUUAAAACUAGAUUUGAUAUUGCUACUAGCACAAUUACAACUUUGGAAGAACAAAUUUCAACUUUGAAUGCUGAAUUUUCCAAAUCUCAAUCAACAUGCAGAAGGCUAGAAGAAGAAGCAGCCGAAUUUCGUCAUCAACGAAAUUUGGCUGUGGAUGAAAGGGAUGAACAAUUAAAAAUGCUGCAACGUAGAAAUGCAGAAAUUGAAAGGAUGCAAGCUGAAAUUAAAACAAUGAUGGAACAGCUUGAGACUGCAGUUAACACUAAGUGUGAAGCACUAUCCAAAGCUGAUGCAGUUGAAUCAAUGAAAUUGACCCUUGAAUAUAAAGAAAAACGUAUUGAACAAGAAAGAUCUUUGCUGAAAAGCCAGGUGGAGAGCUUGACGGAAGAAUUACAUUCGAAAACUGAGGAACUUUUGAAUAUGAGACGUGAUAACACAUCAAGAUGCAUUCAAUUAGAAACUAAACUUUCUGAAAAAACACAGGAACUGGAGGUUUCUGUGGAACAAGUGAGAUCCCUCACUGAAUUAAACAAUAACUUAAGUGAGAGAAUAGAAGAACUGGUUAAACAACUAUCUAAUCAACGUGACACUGAAGGCAAAAUUGGUGAAUCCUACCUACAAGAAGUUGAAGCUAAAACGAAACUUGCUAAUGCAUAUCAACAGAUGUAUGAAGAAAAUAAGAAAUAUGCUGAAGGGUUGAAAGAAGCGCUGGAUGAGACUCAAGAUUUGUUGACUAAUGCAACUAAUAAAUACGGAGAAUUAGAAACAAAACACAAAGAAAAUGAAUUGGCACAUGAAGAAAUCAUUAACAAGAAGAAUGAAUAUAUUAACAUCCUCAAAGCUGAAUUACAGAAGGCCAAUGGACUUUUGGAUGAUUCUAAUCAAUUCAAAUUACAAAAAGACAUGGAAGAAUUAUCUCCUACUGCUGCUACGACCUCUUCUAUCCUGAAGUCAGGAAUGACAUUCACUGAAUUAUAUUCUAAAUACGUAACGGUAUCAGACAAGGUACUCACUUUGCAAGAAGAAAAUGCUCGUUUGAACCACUACAUCAGCAGCAUUGUUAAAGAAAUAGAAGAAAAAGGUCCAUUCAUAAAGAAGAUCAAGGAUGACUACGCAAAACUCAUGGAUGCCCAUGAUGAGUUGAAACUAAACAAUGACUCGCUGUUGAUGGAGGUACAACAGCUGAGAGAAAGUAAUGCUGAAUGUAGAAGGUUAGAAAGUUCGAUUGGUAGAGAGAACGAAAGAUUACAAAAGGACGUCUCAGAUCUUAGUCGACAGGUUUGUCAUUUGCUCCAAGAGGUUGAACAGUGCCGGAUGGGUUCAUCAUUAACUUCUCCUGACAUGGACUUCAUUGAUAGUUUUAAUUCCGCUGAUAUCAUCACUAAGAAAUUGGUGACGUUCAAUGAUAUCCAAGAACUUCAACAGAAAAACAAGAAAUUGCUGACUCUCGUUAGAGAGUUAUCGGAAAAACAAGAGGAAGCAGAAGCUUUUGAUCCGGCACAUUUUGCCCAUCUUAAAUCUAGACUAGAUGACAUGAGAGAACAACAGCAAGAGCUGCUUGAAGAGAAAGAUAAACAGUGUAAGAUGUUGGACACUUUGAAGAAUCAGAGAGACAUGUACAAGAACUUGUACACCCAAGCAGUUAAAGCCAACGGAGAAGACAUUAUGCUUAACCUUAACGACAGUAUGGACACCAGCAAAAUACACAAAGAUUCCUCGGGCGACAGUCACCAUUCCGAUGACAAAGCGGUGAAGGAACUGGAGGGACAAAUUGAGAACCUUAAAAAGCAGAUGGAACAGUUGAAGACCGAGAAGGAAAGUUACAAAGAGGAGAAGUUAGCUAAUGAAAAGAUUCUGGAGGAGCAUUUAACCACUUUGAGGAAAGAGAACAAAGACCUAACAACCUUGAACUGUAAACUGGUUGCUCAAUCUGAGGUUAAUGAUGAGAAGUUCAAGGUUAUGAAGAACAAUAUAGAGGUGUUGAAGAAGCAGAUUUCUGCUUUGGAGAAACAGAAUAGGAUCUUCAGUGAGACCGUCUUGAAACAUGAACAAACCGUCAGUUAUUUGAGAGACGAUUCACUGGAAGCACAUUCUAGAUUAUCAAAGGCUGAAGUUAUGCUGGGAAAUCUUGAAAAGGAGAACAGUCUCCUCAGAGAUGCCGAAUCCAGGGCUCGCAAGGAAUAUGAAUCAACGAAACAACAGUUCAACUCACAGCAUCUCAUUCAGUCGAAUAUUGAACUGAUAAAGGCUACCUUAGAAAGAACAGAUUCGGAAGGUAAACUAAGAUUAGAAGCCCGAUUGGAUGAGGCGCACAGAGAAUGCUCUGCGCUUAGAAGACGCCUUCAAGAGGAACAAGACAGAUUUAGACAGUUGGCUGAUCACUUACAAACUCAGACUCAAAACGCAGUGAAGAGAUGCGAAGAAGAGAAGACUGAAGCUGAUAAACUUAGGAAAGAAUUGGGUGAACUCAGGGAAGAACUGGCUAGUAAAAACAAUCAAAUUGAAGAUCUCUCGAAGAAGGUCAAAACGUCAAUCAUGGCCAUUCCGGAAAGCCAUGGUGAAGGCAAGAAAAUCAGAAAUCUGGAAGAACAGUUGGAGAAUAGCAAAUCGGAAAUCGAAACCCUGAAGGCCAAGUUGAAGAGUGCUAAAGAUGCCUCUGAUCAAUACUUCAACAUAGCAGAAGACGCAGAGAAACAGAUGAAGGUGGCUUUGGAUAAACAGGAAGAGUUCAAGACCGAAAUCGAAAAGCACAAGAACACCAUCAAAGAAUUAGAGGAGAAGUGUUCGGAACUCCAAGGUGAGCUGUCAAUCCACAUGGAUGAUCAGGAUAUGGCAAAUGUUGGAAUCAAGGCUAAACAUAAUCAGUUAGAAGAAGAAUUGAAUGUGAAAUCCUUGGAUCUGCAGACCAGCAGGGAGCAACUGGAGAAUUGCAGGAUUGAAUGUAAAUCGUUGAUUGAAAACUUGAAAGCCGUCGAGAACAAGUACGCCAGAGAGGUUAUGCUCCAUUCAGCGGAUCUACAAUCCCUGACAGAACUGAAGGAAAGCCUGAACAAGGUUCAAAACGAAAUGAACGAUGUUAAGAUGGCUCGCGACAAUGCUUUGAGCGAGUUGGAAUCAAGGAAAGAAAGUUGGCUGAAGCAAGAAGAAUAUCUGCUCAAAGACAAGUCGGAUCUUGAAAACAGGCUCAAGGAUUUGGAUGCCCAAAACAAUCUCCUACUUUCACAAUUGGAGAAUCUCAAUUCCCAGCUCACCAUUCUCCAAACGCAGGUCAGUUCUGACAAUGUUACUAAUCAGUCGAUGAAUGACUCAACAUCUUCGUUCAACAAAUCUUUAGCAGAGGACGAAAUCAAAUCGUCUGAACAACUGCUGAAGGUUAUCAAGUAUUUGAGACAAGAGAAGGAUGUUGCAGUUAGCAAGAGUGAAAUUCUGGAGGCUGAACAUUCCAGGCUGAAAUCUCAGUUGGAGUUGGUAACUAAGCAGCUGGAAGAAUUGAAACAGGUUGUGGAAAAUGAAAGACAAAAGUCUGAAAUAUCUGUGGUCACUGCUGCGAAACACGCUGAAGUCCUCCGCAAAGUUGAGACUCUUAAUGCCAUAACAGAUAGCAACAGAGCUCUCAGAAUUGAAAGAGAUAAUUUACAUACCGAAGUCACUAAUCUACGAACAAGAACAGAAAAGCUGGAAGCUGAGUUGGCUCCAUUGCAAGAGAGGAACAUCGAGUUGUCCGUCAAGUCUGAGUCUUUGCAAACUGAAAACGUGUCUCUUAGAGCCGAAUACAACAGGUGGAGGCAGAGGGCAAACAUUUUGAUAGAAAAAUCUAACAGGACCAGUCCCGAAGACUGGAAGAAGCUUCAGAACGAAAGGGAUAAUCUCACUAAGCAGUUGACCAUCGAAAGAUCCAAUAUCGUCAAGUUGAACGACGAUAUCAACACUUUGAGGCAGGACAAGGCUAAAUUAGAGGAGCAGCUCAAGAACGUUAGAUCUCAGAGUUACAACCAAGCGGAGGAACUCAACAAGAUUAAAGAGGAAGUUGCCGCUCUCCGAACCCAAAUCAGCAACACCAAUACUACGUUGGAGCAGGUCCAAGAGCAGAGCAAGAAACAGGCUGACGAUAUUAAAUCGAUGCAGGAAGAGGGUGAAAGCAAAGAUGCUACAAUCAACGAGUUGAAGAACAACCUUACUCAAGUACGAAAGAUAGCCAAGAAAUAUAAGAUACAGUGCGAAGAUCAGACUAAAGAAAUGGAGACGUUGAAACAGCAGCAAGCUGAACAGAAGGAAAGCCUGCAGCAGGAAACUAGUCAGCGGGAGGAACAAAUUAAGAAUGAACACCAAGUCGCGUUGGAAGAACGUUUGAAUCAAAUGGAACAGGUGAAUAAGGAGGUGAUCGAACAGCUCAAUCAGAAGGUACAAGAGAUAACCGAGGAGAAUGAGAACCAGAAGCGCGAGAUCGAGAGAGUGAACAAGUCUAGUCUGGAGAAGGAGGAGCGUUUCAAGCAAUUGUUUAAGAACGCCAAAGACAGGAUUGUCACUCUUACCGAGCAUAACAAAGAGCUAAAGGAGGAACUGAAGAGCCAAGAUCGUCCCGGUAAAUCCGGUGACAGCAGCAACGGAGAAAUGUUGGCUAAGAUAGAGGCCCUGCUGAAGGAGAAGGACGAGAUGAUCGCCGAACACCUGCAGGAGAAGGAAAAGAUGAACGCGGAGAUCGACGUGCUGACGCAGAAGCUCACCCAGCUACAGAGACAGCUGGGACUGCAGCAAGGCUCGAAGCCGAGCACAAGUUCGGGAACGACCGAGAAGUCGACGACGGAACCGCCCACCGCCAACAUCAAACCAAUGGCCGGUCAUUCUACUAACACACAGACGCAGUCUGUGCCUAUACAACCGUGGAGAAACGCAGGUGAGACUCCACUGGCCAGCAUUAGGCCCAUGUCCGCGCAGCUGCGGACGGUGGCGGUACUGCCGACCAGUCAGAGUCCGAGCGCUGUGAUGGUCCCGCCCCAGCAACAGGUGCACACGACCGGAUCCUCCAAUAGCAUAGAGGCGUUGUCGAGCAGCCCUACCAGUUCGCACACAGACUAUGUCCCAGCCACCAGUUCGGCCAGCUCGGCUAUGCUAGGUCCCAGACAGGUGGCAGUCCCGCCCUCGCAAUCCUCACAGGACGCUGAGGACGAGGAGGGAGGGGCACAGGUGCACACCGCGCCACAACAGCAAGCUGUUGCACUGGUCUUGCCCAGGAUUGAGCCGCCUUCCGGUAGCAGCAGUAGUAGCAGCAGUAGCAGCACAGGUCCGACCCAGGAACAGGGUACGAGCAGUAGCAGCAACACUGUUACCACGUCGCAGGUCGGUCACAAGAGGCAACGAGACGCUGACACAGAGUCGUGCCAGGCAGAUGAUCAGGGAAAGACCAUGCAACAGUGCAAGAGGUCGAGGUUGCAGCAAACCGGUACAGUGAGUGACAGUGUCUUGGAAGUAGAAUAUCAAGUACCGACCAGUAGCCAAAGAGACCAUGAGGACGACAAUGUGAUAGUGCUAGAGAGUGAUGAAGACGGCGGUCCCGAUGAAGGUGAGGGCGCUGAUGAUGAGCCUGAUGACCCUGAUACAGAAGGUUAUGAUAUCGAAGCAAUGGAACAGGAUAAUUAUGAAGAGGCGGAUUGUCCCGAGGAGGAGGAAGAGGAAGCUGGAAAUGAGGUUGAGGUAAUCGACGAUUCCAGCGAGGUGCCAAACCAAAGCGAGAGCUCUGCGGUCGAGGGGGGUCAGUCACAGGAAGAGAACGCUGAGCAACCUCAAUCGGAAGCAAUCAGCAGUGGAACAGAUGGUACGUCUACGUCUAGUGGAGUCACAAUCUCCCAGGCUUCCCCGUCAGUCCCCUCCGCCACAAUGUCCAUGUUCUCGAGGAGCAGCCGGCCAAUACCAUCUCUGGCACGCCCACAACAGUCGCACCUCCUACUCCCGCACCUGGAAGAGGCGGGCGACGAUAGCAUAGUCCCCUCCACUCCAACUCUCUUUGUGCCAAGACGCUCGGACGCCUUUGGGGAGGCGGUCAGCUCGCCACACGUGCCAAGCGGCCGAUUUAUUUUCAGCGACUCCGCACCCCCCUCCACCUCCGGUUCGAUUGGAGCGGUCCCCGAACAGACCCUUGAAGUGAUCGGAUCGGACGAGAAUAGCACUGGACGCAGCGUACCCAGCACACCGUUGCAGUCUUCGCCCCAGGAGGCUAUUCCUGCUGUCGACGAACAGCCUGCUGGGCCGAGUAGCCAGCCAGACGAUUUGCCAACGAUUACGAUCAGUGAGGCUGAAGAUACUGAACAGGUAACCGAUGGAGGUGCAGGUGAUAUGGGACCGCCGGCAGUUGCCGGUACUUCUUCUGAGGGUAUGCCGUCUGAGGAACAACCUGAAGAAAUGAUGGAAGCUGAUGAUGAGAUUAGUUCAGAAGGUGAAAAACCACCAACCAAUGAAGAAGGAGAAGAGGAAGGCAGGGAGGCUGAAGCGUCGCCAAGUACAAACGGUCGCUCAAGAAAUACUCGUGGCAUGGCGGUGGCUAGAAGACAGAAUAGAAAUAUGGGCAACAGAGGCUAUCAGAGGAGCGGUCCAACACCUAUUGUAUGGGGUGGACCUAGACAAGGAAGUCCUAAUCAGUCAGGCAGGUUACAGGGUCAUCCACCACCAAAUUUCAACCGUAUGGCGAGGAGAUCUGGCGGAAGACCACAAUUCCGAAGGUUUUGAAGAGGAUGAUAUUUAUUGUAGCUAGUGACCAUUCCAAAUAUUAUGAUGUCUGUAUUCCUUUCCGUACACGCAAUGAGUUAUACAUUUUCAUUUCAGUUAAUUAUUUAUCCCCAUAAUUGUGAAUAGUAGAAAAAUUUGAGUAUGUACUUGUCAUCACGUUCAUACUGACGUUGCGUUAGGAUUACCUUUGAUUUUUGACAUUGAAUCUCAAAUUAAAGGGUAUAAAUGUAUGUGUAGUUUUGUUUAUAUAAUAUAAAUUUCUGACGAUAA